GUCCCUUCUGGGAGUCAUCAGCUGUUACAAAAGCAGAUUCUUGGAGGGUGUUUCAUAGGCUCCAAAUACCCAGCUGACAGGCCACAGGCUGCAAGCAUUAGAAGAAGAUAUAAAUAGGAGCCAUUCACUGCAGCACAGAAGUUUACAGAACUUUCUCGGCUGAUGGCUGUGAUGUUUAUUUUAGCCAGUGCAAGGCACUUGCAGUCUGAAGCCGGAAGAUCAAGAAGCUGUACUCACUCCCAAUGACUCUGCUUAAUUCCCUGAAGAAUCCAGGUUACUUUUAAUUUAUCUUGGCUCAACUUCGCUCCUUUCUUAUUCAUUCAUUGGAAAUAUACGAGCUCGACUGCAAACAUUAUCUGACCGUCAGCAAUAUCAUUUGGAAAUAACAGAGACUUGUCUCCUUUGACAUCUCUUACAUCUUUGUUGCAAUAUGGCUGACAGUCAGUUACCUUUCACUUGUCAUUAUCCUGCAAACAGGACCAGGGGAGCCCGCGAUCCUUUCCGUGAUCAGGGUCUGUCAUCCCGUCUCCUGGAUGAUGAUUUUGGAUUUCCAGAAGAUUUAACCAUGGACUGGCCUGACUGGGCAAGGCCCAGACUCACAGCCUCCUGGUCGGGUCCUUUAAGAUCAGGCCUAGCAAGGACUGCUGGUGUCUCCCCUCCUGGAUAUAGUGCCCGCUAUACAGGAUACCCCGAAGGCCGUAAUACUGUGCCUGUCCCCAGCCAGCCCUGGAAGGUGUGUGUUAAUGUACAAAGUUUCAAACCAGAGGAGCUGACAGUGAAAACCAGAGAUGGAUUUGUAGAGGUGUCAGGUAACCAUGAAGAACAGCAGAAAGAAGGAGGAAUAGUCUCAAAGAACUUUACCAAGAAGAUUCAGUUUCCUCCAGAAGUUGAUCCCCUGACAGUAUUUGCCUCACUUUCUCCAGAAGGUCUUCUUAUUAUUGAGGCUCCUCUGGUCCCUCCCUACCACCAGCAAGGAGAUGACACAUAUACCUAUGAGCUGUCUCUUGACCCCCAAGAAGUCGCUUCUUCCUAAACUUUGCCAUCUGAAAUAUUCUCUGGAGAGUCUCUCUAGUAUUCCAUACACAGUUGCAUUAGUGACCCAGUGGAUUUGAUUUCAUAUGUUUCCUUUUACAAUAUAAACCAUUUUUUGGAUCUCUAACUAUAGACAUCUGGAACAAAUGCACUAGAUAGGCUUUAGCUGAAGUAACGGCAGGUCUGUUUUGAUUUAUUGGUAAUAUGGAUUGGUGUUUUUAUAUGUAGGCACACAUGAACAAUUAUCAAUAGAAAUAUAGAAAUAUAUUAGGUUUAUCUGUAUACUGAGCAUAUUUUUUAUGAAAUAGGUGUGCCAUUUUUACAAAAAAGGCUGUCUGUGAUUGACUGGAGACAAAUCUAAUCUUAUAUAGAAGUAGAGGAUAGGUUCAUUAUUAUGUAUAUGAACAAUCCAUGCUAGGUAUGCAGGGGAUUACAUAUUCUAAAGCAGGAACCCACUAAACCACAUAAUCCAAAUUCUGCAAAUAUGUAGUCUGAUGCUGAAAAAAAUUAAAUAGAAAGAAGUUCUGUAAGUUUACAUUUUUUAAGAAAUAAUAUUGUAUCUAUUUCAUGACUUCAAGAUCAAAAUUAUCACACAAGACUACAGAUUGAUUUAAACACUAUUGAACAAAGGCAACAGUCACAAGGGCAUUUAAAUAUAGGUCUGUACACAUCAACAUGUUUUGUUGUGAAACAAGGCCUAUACAAGCAGUUUACAGGUAAAUAAUGAUUAUAAUAAGCCACUCAAGUCAUAAUUUCAGAAAAUAACAGACCAAUUUGCAGCACAAAUGCAUAUUCUUGAGGUCUUACAUGCUCUUUAACUUUUGUUGGUAUACUUUACUUGAGAUCACAAAAGCUGAGCUUUUCCAUUGUGCACUGUGGAAUGACAUAUACAAUUAGCUUACCUAGUGUGUGAAAUAAACUAGGUCUGUAUGUAUAUUCGAUUUUAAGGGGUGUUCUUUUUCAUUUGUUUGUCAUGCUAAAACUAUUGAGAUUAAAUAUUUAUAAACUUUAA